AUGAACGGCACAAAGGCUGGCCCUUCGGUGGCCGAUAUGGCCAAUAUGUCCACUGAAGAGAGAAUGGCGGGGAUGGAACAUUCUGAAGUCCGCUACUUUACGAGCUACGAUCAUCAUGGCAUUCACGAAGAGAUGCUGAAAGAUGAAGUCCGGACCCGGUCCUACCGCGACGCAAUCUACCAAAACCAGCACAUCUUCAAGGACAAGGUCGUCCUUGACGUCGGCUGUGGCACAGGCAUCCUCAGCAUGUUCGCAGCAAGGGCGGGUGCAAGACACGUCAUUGGCGUCGACAUGUCCAGCAUCAUCAACAAGGCCAAACUCAUUGUCGAGGCCAACGGACUCUCGAAGAAGGUUACUUUGCUGCAAGGCAAAAUGGAAGAGGUGGAGCUACCUACUCAACAUCUGAACAACGGCAAAGUCGACAUCAUAAUAUCAGAAUGGAUGGGCUACUUCCUGCUGUACGAGAGCAUGCUUGACACGGUUCUCUACGCCCGCGACAAAUAUUUGAGGCAGGGUGGCCUGAUUUUCCCCGACAAGGCCACGAUCUACAUGGCGGGCAUCGAAGACGGAGAGUACAAGGAGGACAAGAUCGGAUUCUGGGAUAACGUCUAUGGAUUUGAUUUCUCGCCCAUGAAAGAGAGCGCUCUCAGUGAACCUCUGGUUGACACAGUCGAGCUCAAGGCGUUGGUCACGGAUCCAUGCCCUGUCUUCACCAUCGACCUCAACACGGUCAAACCGGCCGAGCUGGCAUUCUCCGAGCCGUUCCAACUCCGAUGUACAAGAAACGACUUCAUCCACGCGCUCAUUGCCUGGUUCGAUAUUGAUUUCACGGCCUGUCACAAGCCGAUCAGGUUCUCGACGGGGCCUCACACCAAAUACACGCACUGGAAACAGACCGUCUUCUAUCUGCGAGAGGUUCUGACGGUGGAAGAAGGGGAAACCGUCACGGGUUUCCUCUCCAAUAAGCCCAACAGCAAGAAUAGACGGGAUCUCGAUAUCAAGAUCGACUAUGAACUCGACACGUUGGAUCGCACUCGGUCCGCACGCGGGACAUGCGAAUAUAGGAUGUAA